UGGUAACGUCAGGCCCUCAACCUCCGGUGUCAUUGGUGAAUGACCGAAGAUGUCUCACUGCAGGUUGUUUGCCAGGCUGCUUUUGCAGCAGAGUGGAGUCAGGCACUGUUAUACAGGAUCCAGAAAGAAUCUCUACAUCAACAAAAAUACAAAGGUCAUCUGCCAAGGAUUCACGGGGAAGCAGGGAACGUUUCACAGUCAGCAGGCUCUUGACUAUGGCUCCCAGUUAGUUGGAGGUGUUUCCCCUGGUAAAGGCGGGAAAACACACCUCGGCCUGCCGGUCUUCAACUCAGUCAAGGAGGCAAAGGCGGGCACAGGGGCAGAUGCUACUGUGAUAUAUGUACCUCCGCCAUUUGCGGCAGCAGCCAUCAUUGAAGCCAUUGAUGCAGAGAUACCCCUGGCUGUCUGCAUCACUGAGGGCAUCCCCCAGCAAGACAUGGUUAGAGUCAAACAUAAGCUCCUCCGCCAGAGCACUACCCGCCUCAUUGGCCCCAACUGUCCAGGAGUCAUCAAUCCUGGAGAAUGCAAAAUUGGGAUCAUGCCUGGUCAUAUCCAUAAGAAAGGAAGAAUUGGCAUUGUGUCUCGAUCAGGGACCCUGACAUAUGAAGCUGUACACCAAACUACACAAGUCGGCUUGGGGCAGUCUCUUUGCAUUGGUAUUGGUGGGGAUCCAUUCAAUGGCACAAACUUCAUAGACUGUCUGGAGGUGUUCCUGCAGGAUCCCAAGACGGAGGGAAUCAUCCUUAUUGGAGAAAUCGGAGGCGAUGCAGAGGAGAAUGCAGCAGAAUACCUCAAACAGCACAACUCUGGCGCUAAUUCGAAGCCUGUGGUGUCCUUCAUCGCGGGGCUAACUGCUCCUCCUGGCCGUAGGAUGGGCCAUGCUGGUGCCAUCAUCGCUGGUGGGAAAGGUGGAGCCAAAGAGAAGAUUGCAGCCCUUCAGUCUGCUGGAGUCGUAGUCAGCAUGUCUCCUGCCCAGCUGGGCAGCACUAUGUUUAAGGAGUUUGAGAAGAGGAAGAUGCUGUAAUUUCUGCAGGAAUGCAGGCACCCAACCUUUCACUCCCUGCUCCAAAAUUGAGAGGAACAGCCUGAUUCUGGAGGUGGAUGUGUCCUACAGUGUCUUCAUACCCCGAUUACCGCAGGCACAAUGCACACACACACAGUGUUUAUAUUGUAAUUUCUGCCAUGUACUUGCACAUAAUGACAAAAUAAAAUUUACUGUCUUAAUGGUGAUAUCCUAAAGAACUCAUUGUAUGCAGUUUCAAAAACUUUAUCUGUGUUUUUUUCCCCCAUCCUCCCUCCACAUUGUUGACAGCUGAAGGAAAGGUACUAUGGUAUACUCUGUGACCUGUUCAGUUCUGUUUUAUGACUGUAAGACAUGUUCCGUUACUUGUUUGACUGGCUGUCCACCUGAAUAAGAGAUAUUUCUCAUACCA